AUGUCUUCAACUAAUACUUCAUCCUCGAUUGACUACAAAACCCUCUUUGAACAAGAAAAAAAAUUGAAAGAAGAAGCUCUUGAGAAACUUGAAAGAGUAAAUACAACUGCAAUUCUUAUUAUUAAUAAAUUGCAACAUGAGAAUGUUAAACUCAAGGAUGAAAAAAGUGUUGAUAGUUUAGAUGAUGAUUAUGACAAUUAUUUACUUGAUAGAGAAAAAUGUAAUAAUUUUAUUUAUCAUAAAGAUAAUUGUAAUUAA